ACAAAAAAAAAGACAAAUAUCAGAUUGAAACCACCUUCACUACUAGUACUUGAUCAAACUGAACUGAAGACAAUUCAAAUGUUUGGCUACAAACAAGUAGGGCCAGAAUAUUUAGGGAAACCAAACAUUAGAAACAACAAAGGAAGGUUCCCUGUUAUUACACUCUCCUUUUAUGAAAUUUCUUCCAUAUUUACCAAAAUCUUAAAUGACAAAAUGUCUCUUUCCACUUAGCUAGAAAUUGACACUAUUCUACAUAUUUAUAAUAAACCAAAUUCACAAUCAAAGUAACACAACCAGCCAUCAAUUGAACCUAAUACCCUCUAGCUUCAGUAAUUGUUGUUAAAGAGUGUUCCUUUUUUUUUCUACGUAGCCCUUCUUUGAUAUUCCAAAUUUCAUACUUCAUAUGCUAUGGCAAAUUUUGGAACUAGCCAAAGAAUACCAACCUCCUCAAAACCUUCAUCCAAAGUUGAAUCUCAUGAAACAAAAGAGAAUCAUGAAAAACUCUAUACUGACAUCAAAAUAUACUGUCCCUUUAACAUGCCGUUAACUUCAGAAGCUGCAGCAAUCAGAAUCAUGAGGAACUUAGGGAAUCUUGGUUUAUAUUACACAUUAUUCUUUUGGAUCAUACUCUUCAUAGUCCUCAUCCCCAGGCAUAAAAUUUCAUUGAUUAUUUUGGUUAUAAUGACAUAUGUAAUAACCAUUUACUGUUUAAUUCUAAGGGCAUUCCCUUAUUCUGUUUUGCUUCACAAAGUCAUAGAUAAAAGGUUUGUGUUGUCAUUGCUAGUGUUUGUAACUGUGGUGAUGCUUGUGGUGACUGAAGCUGGGUCUCAUCUUGCAGUUACUUUAGCUAUUGCUGUUCCUAUAAUUUUGAUUCAUUCACUUUUAUGGAUUGCUCAUCACCAUUCCUUUGACACUGAAGAUCAUUAUUGUAAUUGUAAUUGUGAAGUUGGUGCUGAUGGCACAGAGGAAGUUUGAUUUUUUAGUUAUAAGUCAACAUCUCAAUUUUGUUGUUUUUUUUUUUUCACUGCAAUUGUAAUGUAAUAGAAGUGUUGGAAUUGUGAAUAAAAUAAAUUGCAGCAUUCUUUUUUCUUA